AGCUGCUGAGUUGAAUGAACAAACUUUACAUUAUUUUUGAGUUGACUGGUUGAAUAACGAUAAAUUAAAUGCUACUACUCGUUUAAAUUAAGCUAGAUAUCAUGUCGGACGAUCCACGGGUGCAGUGGAUUAGAAACCGCGUAUACUCUUGUUUUUAUUUUCCUGAACCAGGUUGUUUUGAGGAAUUGCUCAGUCGAGGAGAUGGAGAAGACGAGCAAAAGAUUAUCCGGUUUCUGAAUGAAGUCACAGAUGAAGAAGCAGCUUCUACUCUGCUGUUCUUCAAAGGCGUCAGGGAGGAGGAGAUUGAAGUGGAAAUCCCUGUUGAUCUCUUGCAGCUCGCUGAGGAUGAGGAUGACAGCCUGCCCGGAGCAUCCAAAUCUCCCGGAACACCUGCGUCGGAGAGUGAAAAAUCUCCCGGAGAGAAAAAAAAGAAAAGGAAAGAUUCUGAGAUCUCGCGUGCUUCGGAGGCCGUCAGCAAGGACUCUCGUGGUCCGGAUGAGAUCGGAGCAGAGGGUCUCUCCGAGACGGGUGACAGAGAACACACCCUCUUACCUAGGAUUGAGGUCCGGGUGGUGUACCAUGUGGAGCUUCACGUUGCCGUCAACAAUGUACCAGAGAAGUUCAUGAAAUCCAACAUCCUGUACUUCCUGAGGAACACCAGAGAAACCAUCAUUGAACCCACUGAUCUGAACGAGGCCAACAAUUUGAUGCCCAAGCUCCUUGAGAUGGGCAUGCUGCACGGAUAUUCCCUGCUGAUGCUGAAGGACAUGCUGAACCAUGUGUACAUCCCAAUGCUCUCCGUCAGCCAGCUAAAGCUCACCGAUGGAGGCUACCAGCAGGGGGCGGUAGCCACCAAGGACCAGGAUGCUGGUGGAGACACGGAGGGGGAUCGGCCUGUGGAGUCUCGAGGGAUGCUCAUGAUACGGGACGAGUUGCUCAACAGCGCUCACAAGUUCCUGGGCCACAUAGACAGGACCCUCCAGCAGCUGGAAGGUGAUAUUAAGCUGCACAUCCCGGAGCUGGACCAGGAGGCUGAGGUGGAGGCACUGUUGGCCUCGUCAGAGGUGGUGGAGAAGCUGGAGCAGUGCGUGAUGAACUGGCAGACCCAGAUCACCAUCGUUAUCGAAGAACAGCAGAAGAAGAAACCGCAGGCUCCGGGCCCCAUGGCGGAGAUAGACUUCUGGCGGGAGCGCACAGCCAUCCUCAGCGCUCUGAGCGAGCAGCUCAAACUGCCCGUGGUGAAGAAGAUCCUGGAGGUGAUGGUCCGAGCCGACCCCGUCACCGUCCAGAACCUGGACCUCACCGUGACGGAACUGGCCAAACACCACGUGGAGUCCGUGGAGAACGUCCGUUUCCUCAGCACGCUAGAGAGGCACUUCAAGAACCUGGCCACGGGGGUCGACUUCGGCGUGAUCCUGGACACCAUUCCCCUGAUGAUGAACGGCCUGCGGAUGGUGUGGAUCAUCUCCAGCCAUUACAACAGGGACGAUCGCAUGGUCCCGCUCAUGGAGCGCAUCGCCUGGGAGCUGUCGGAGCGCGUCGCCCGGGUGGUCAACGUGCGCACGCUCUUCAAAGACAAAAGGGAGGUGGCCCAGACCAAAGCCCAGGACGGCAGGAGGGUUCUGGACCAGUGGAAGGCCGGUUACUUCGAGGUGCGGGCUAAGAUCGAGACCUCCGGCAGAGACCCGCGCUGGGAGUUUGACCGGAAGAAGCUGUUUGAGAAGACGGACUACAUGUCCUCCAUCUGCCAGGACCUAUACAGCGUCCUGCAGAUUCUGGAGGAGUUCUAUAAUAUCUUCGGCUCGGAGCUGAAGGCCGUGACUGGAGAUCCGAAGCGCAUCGAUGACGUGCUGCGCUGGGUGGACAGCCUGGUGGUGCCCAUCGAGGAGCUCAGCUUUGACCCUUUCAACAUCCGCAAGAUGGGCAGCUGGAGGAUGAUCAUGCAGGACUUCAAGUCCAAAGUUCAGGCCAUCGAAGCAGAGGCCAUAAACUUCAUCGACCAGUCCUUCAAGACCCUGCGCUCGGCGUCCGCUGCCUUCGACAUGCUGCUGAAGUUCAAACACAUCCGCUCCAGAGAGGCCAUCAACAACCAGAUGAUGCAGAAGUUCAACGACAUCCUGGUCCAGUACUGCAAAGAGGUGGACAUCAUCAGUGUGAUAUUCAUGAAGAACAAGGACAACCCUCCACUGAAUAAGAAUCAGCCGCCUGUGGCCGGGGCCAUCUACUGGGAGCGAUCCCUCUUCCACAACAUCAAGAUCACCAUCAUCCGCUUCCUGGAGGUCCCGGAGAUGCUGGAGAGCGAGCAGGGCAAGCUGGCCAAGGCCAAGUACCUGCAGCUGAGGCUGCGUAUGAAGGAGUACGAUGUGGAGAAGUUUGCCCGCUGGCGUGAGGAGACGGAGCACGUCCUGCCCCUGCUGAUGAAGCGCCCCCUGCUGGUGGUGACGAGCAGCUCUGGGGUUGUCCCUGGAGACCAGGGGCCCGCCGACACCGGUUCCAAGCAGGAAGUGGAACGAGGCGUGCGUUACACGGUGAACUUUGCCCCCGAGCUUAAGGAGAUCAUCUCUGAGACCAAGUACCUGGAGCAGCUGAGCUACUCUGUUCCUGACCUGGCCCGCAAUGUGGCUCUGCAAGAGGACAAGUUCCUCAGGUACGUGGAUGACCUGAAGAACCUGGUGAACCGCUACCAGGCCCUGAUGGACGGGCUGAACGAUGCAGAGUUCUCCCUGCUGGCUGAGCAGAUCCACGAGCUGAGGAGGGUGAUGCGCUCCGGCCACAAGAGGCUGAACUGGAACGCUCUAGGGAUCUCUGAGUUCAUCAACCGCGGCACCCAGGCUGCUUCCAAAUUCGAGUCGCUCGUCAAUCAGAUCCAGAAGAACGAGCGGGACAUCGACGCCAAGCUGCAGUCCAUGGAGACGGCCAACCUGUUCAAGUUCCCCGCUCCGGACCGAGCCGACGGCCUUCCAGGAGUGAAGGAGUUCUGUGAGCUGGUCCAGCGAGAGAGAGCCAAGGACAUGAACCUGCUGAGCAGGAAGUACACCGCCAUUGGUCCCCUGCUCACCAAGAUGGAGAGCCUGGUGAUGCACACCAACAGCGGCCGAGCCCAGCGCAUGGAGCACUACUACAGCUACUGGGAGCACAAGAUCUUCCACUCGCUCACCAGGAUGGUGCUCAAGAACAUCAACACGUUCAACAUGGCCCUGAUGGGGAGCACUCCUCUGUUCCAGAUCGACGCCAUCCUGUCCGCCCCUGAGAUUGUGCUGCACCCCAAGAACAGCGAGGUGUACCGGCUCCUCAUGCAGUCUGUCCGGGACUGUGUGGAGAGCACCAAGAGGUUUGUGCGCUGGAUGCACGGCUCCUGUCUGGAGUGUCCUCCGCAGCGCGUGGACGGCGAGGACGAGCCGGUGGUGCUCAGCUUCUACUCGGACGUGUGCCAGCAGCCUCAGGUCAACGAGCGCGCCAACGCCGUGUCCCAGAACGCCCAGCGGCUCCUCGCCGCCGCCGGCCGCUACCUCAACCGCUGGAAGCGCUACCGGCCCCUCUGGAAGCUGGACAAGGCCAUCGUCAUGGAGAAAUUCGCUGCCAAGCGCCCCUCGUACGUCACCUACGACGACAAGCUGCAGUUCUACGCGCGGGUCAGCCAGGAGGUGUCCCAGCAGCCCCUGGCGAAGGACGAGCAUGUGAUCCGGGUGAAUCUGGAGCCCCUGGCUCGCACCGUGCAGGAGAACGCCCAGGCCUGGGUCAGCUCCCUGGGCAGGCUGCUCAACACCUCGGCCCGCGAAGAGCUCUUCAGCCUGCGUGACCAGCUGCUGCUGCUGUCAGACAACCUGAAGAGAGACCCCAGCUCCUUGGAGGACCUGAAGUUUGUCCUAGGCAACAUCUCGGACAUCCGGGCCAUGUCCCUGACGGUGGAGCUGCGCUUCACAGACAUCCAGGAGCGAUACAGGACCCUGGCCAUGUACCACGUCCAGGUGCUGGAGGAGGAGCAGGAGCUGGUGGGCAGCAUCGGGCAGCAGUGGAGCCGUCUGUUCUCAGAGGCCAGACAGGUGGACCGCAGCCUGGGCCGGGUGAAGAAGACCUUCACCGAGAUCACCAAGACCCAGACAGAGGAAUAUAAACAGGAGCUGGGCAUCUUUGCGGAGAGCUUCAACAUGCACGGCCCCGGCGCCGUGGGAGACGACUUGGAGAAAGGAGUGGCCGUGAUGGUCAGCUACGAGAAGGAGCUGGCUGUGGUCGAGGCCGGCCGCCAGGAGCUGGCCAAUGCAGAGAAGCUGUUCGACCUGCCCAUCACCAUGUACCCGGAGCUGCAGAGCGUGCAGAAGGAGAUGAAGGGGCUGCGGCAGAUCUACGAGAUCUACAGCAGCCAGAAGGCGGCCAAGGCAGAGUGGUCUCAGACGCUGUGGGUGAACCUGAACAUCCAGGUCCUGCAGGAGGGUGUGGAGGGCUUCACCCGCAGCCUGAGGAAGCUGCCCAAGGAGGUGAGGGCCCUGCCUGUGGCCUUCUUCCUGGAGGGGCGCAUGAAGGAGUUCAGAGAGUCCCUGCCCCUCCUGCUGGACCUGAAGAACGAGGCCCUGAGAGACAGACACUGGAGAGAGCUGAUGGAGAGGACAGGUACCAGCUUUGAGAUGAACCCAGACACCUUCACCCUGGAGAACAUGUUCGCCAUGGAGCUGCAGAAGUACGGCAGCGUCAUCGGAGACAUCGUCACCUCGGCCGUCAAGGAGCUCAGCAUCGAGAAGGGGGUGAAGGAGGUGGUGGACACCUGGGAGAGCAUGAAGUUCACGGUCCAGCGCUACUUCAAGGGCACCCAGGAGCGAGGCUCUGUGCUGGGCGCGGUGGACGAAAUCCUGCAGAGCCUGGACGACAACGCCAUGAACCUGCAGAGCAUGGCGGGCAGCCGCUUCGUAGGACCCUUCCUGACCACUGUGCAGCAGUGGGAGAAGAGCCUGUCCAUGAUCAGUGAGGUCAUCGAGGUGUGGAUGCUGGUGCAGAGGAAGUGGAUGUACCUGGAGAGCAUCUUCAUCGGCGGGGACAUCCGCUCACAGCUCCCCGAGGAGGCCAAGAAGUUCGACAACAUCGACAAGAUGUUCAAAAAAAUCAUGAGCGACACGGUCAGGGACUCGGGGAUAAAGAGGUGCUGCCUGGUGCCUAACCGGCUGUCAGAGCUGCAGGCUCUGAGCGACGGGCUGGAGCGCUGUCAGAAGAGCCUGAACGACUACCUGGACUCCAAACGCAACGCCUUCCCUCGCUUCUUCUUCAUCUCCGAUGACGAGCUGCUCAGCAUUCUGGGAAGCAGUGACCCCACCUGUGUCCAGGAGCACAUGAUCAAGAUGUAUGACAACAUCGCGGCCCUGCGCUUCGACGUGGGGGCCAACGGCGAGGCGGUGGCGGGGGCGCUGGUGUCGGCCGAGGGGGAGGUGAUGGACCUGAGGCAGGCGGUGCAGGCGGAGGGCCGGGUGGAGGAGUGGAUGACCGGGGUGCUGCUGGAGAUGAGGAGGACCAACAGGCUCAUCACCAAGGACGCCAUCUUCCACUACUGCGAAGACAGGGGCAGGGUGGACUGGAUGCUGCUGUACCAGGGCAUGGUCGUGCUGGCCGCCAACCAGGUGUGGUGGACCUGGGAGGUGGAGGACGUCUUCAACAGGGUGAGGAAGGGCGACAAGCAGGCCAUGAAGAGCUACGCCAGGAGGCUGCAUCAGCAGAUCGACGAGCUGGUGACCCGCAUCACCCAGCCCAUGAAGAAGAACGACCGGCGCAAGAUCAACACAGUGCUCAUCAUCGACGUCCAUGCCAGGGACAUCGUGGACAACUUUGUCAGGGACAGCAUCAUGGAUGCGCGGGAGUUUGAGUGGGAGAGCCAGCUGCGGUUCUACUGGGACCGGGAGCCUGACGACCUGUUUGUGCGCCAGUGCAGCGCCAGCUUCUCCUACGGAUACGAGUACAUGGGUCUGAACGGGCGUCUGGUCAUCACCCCUCUGACUGACCGCAUCUACCUCACCCUCACCCAGGCCCUGUCCAUGUACCUGGGUGGGGCCCCGGCAGGGCCGGCUGGUACAGGGAAGACAGAGUCCACCAAGGACCUGGCCAAGGCCCUGGGCCUGCUGUGUGUGGUCACCAACUGUGGAGAGGGCAUGGACUACAUGGCAAUGGGGAAGAUCUUCUCGGGGCUGGCCCAGUGCGGAGCCUGGGGCUGCUUCGAUGAGUUCAACCGCAUCGAUGCCUCCGUGCUGUCUGUCAUCUCCUCCCAGAUCCAGACCAUCCGCAACGCCCUCAUCCUGCACCUGAAGAGGUUCCACUUUGAGGGCCAGGAGAUCAGCCUGGACGCCCGUCUGGGGAUCUUCAUCACCAUGAACCCGGGCUACGCCGGCCGCACAGAGCUGCCCGAGUCGGUCAAAGCCCUGUUCAGACCCGUGGUGGUGAUCGUACCAGACCUGCAGCAGAUCUGUGAGAUCAUGCUGUUCUCUGAGGGCUUCCUCCUGGCCAAGAUUCUGGCUAAGAAGAUGACUGUUCUGUACAAGCUGGCCAGGGAGCAGCUGUCCAAGCAGUUCCACUACGACUUUGGCCUGAGAGCGCUCAAGUCUGUGCUGGUGAUGGCAGGAGAGCUGAAGAGAGGCUCGCCAGACCUGCAUGAGGACGUGGUGCUGAUGCGUGCUCUGCGGGACAUGAACCUGCCCAAGUUUGUGUUUGAGGAUGUUCCUCUGUUCCUGGGGCUGAUCACAGACCUGUUCCCGGGCCUGGACUGCCCCCGCGUGUGCUACCCCAGCUUCAACAACGCCGUGGAGAUGACCCUGCAGGAGAACAGAUACCUCAUGAUUCCCAACCAGGUGGACAAGGUGGUGCAGCUGUAUGAGACCAUGAUGACCAGACACACCACCAUGAUCGUGGGGCCCACAGGCGGAGGGAAGUCUGUGGUCAUCAGCACGCUGUGCCAGUCCCAGACCAGGCUGGGCCUGGUGACCAAGCUGUACGCCCUGAACCCCAAAGCCAUGAGCGUGAUCGAGCUCUACGGCAUCCUGGACCCCGUCACGCGGGACUGGACCGACGGCAUCCUGUCCAACAUCUUCCGGGACAUCAACAAGACCACGGACAAGAAGGAGAGAAGGUACAUCCUGUUUGACGGGGACGUGGACGCCCUCUGGGUGGAGAACAUGAACUCUGUGAUGGACGACAACAAGCUGCUCACCCUGGCUAACGGGGAGAGGAUCCGUCUGCAGGGACACUGUGCUCUGCUGUUUGAGGUGGGAGAUCUCCAGUACGCCUCUCCUGCCACGGUCUCCCGCUGCGGCAUGGUGUUCGUGGACCCCAAGAACCUGCGCUACACCCCCUACUGGAUGAAAUGGGUCACAGGCAGACCACCCAAGGAACAACCAGAGCUGAUGAAGCUGUUUGAAAAGUAUGUCCCCAGCGCCAUCGACAUGAUCGUGGAGGGCGUCGUGGACGGCAAGCAGGGGGACAAGCUGAAGACCAUCGUCCCUCAGACAGACCUGAACAUGGUGAUGCAGCUGUCCAUGAUGCUGGAGGCUCUGCUGGAGACUGAGGGGCUGGGGGCAGACGCUCUGGAGUCUUACUUCCUGGAAGCUCUGUACUGCUCCCUGGGAGCCUGCGUGGUGGACAGCGGCAGGAACAAGUUUGACAGCUUUGUGAAGAAGCUGUCUGGCCUGCCCUCCGUGCAGGAUGAGAAGAGUCUCGCUGGGCCGGGAGAGAUCCCAGGUUACCUGCCCACUCUGUACGACUUCCACUUCGACGAGGUGAAGAGGAAGUGGCUUCCCUGGAGGUCCCUGGUCACCAAAUACAUCCACGACUCUGACAAGAAGUUCAUCGACAUUCUAGUCCCCACGGUGGACACCACGCGGGCGGGCUGGCUCCUGGAGCAGAUGGUCAGGAUCAAGAGGCCCGUGGUUCUGGUGGGGGAGUCCGGGACCUCCAAGACUGCCACCACACAGAACUUCUUCAAGAACGUCAACAUUGACACCACCAUGACCCUGGUCAUCAACUUCUCCUCGCGGACCACCUCCAUGGACCUGCAGAGGAACCUGGAGGCCAGCGUGGAGAAGAGAACCAAGGAGACAUACGGCCCCCCCAUGGGGAAGAGGCUGCUGGUGUUCAUGGACGACCUCAACAUGCCCCGGGUGGACGACUACGGCACGCAGCAGCCCAUCGCCCUCCUCAAGCUGCUGCUGGACCGGGGCGGCCUGUACGACCGCGGCAAGGAGCUCAACUGCAAGAUCCUCAAAGACCUGGGCUUCAUCGCCGCCAUGGGCAAGGCCGGCGGAGGCAGGAACGAGGUGGACCCUCGCUUCGUGUCGCUCUUCAGCGUCUUCAACAUCCCCUUCCCCGAGGAGGACGCUCUCAAGCUCAUCUACGCCUCCAUCCUCGAGGGCCACGCCCGGCCGUUCGAGGAGGGCAUCCAGAAGAUCUGUGAGAAGCUGACCUUCUGCACCCUGGAGCUGUACAAGAGCAUCAUCAGAGACCUGCCGCCCACGCCCUCCAAGUUCCACUACAUCUUCAACCUGAGGGACCUGUCCAGGGUGUACCACGGCCUGACCCUCACCAACGCAGAGAGGUUUCUGACUGUUGCCCAGUUCGUGAGGGUGUGGAGGAACGAGUGCCUUAGGGUGUUUCACGACAGACUCAUCAACGAAACAGACAAACACAUCGUCCAGGGCCACAUCAAGAGCCUGAUAGACGAGCAUUUCAAGUCUGACUUGGACUCCGCCAUGAGGGACCCCGUCCUGUUUGGAGACUACAGGACAGCCCUCAACGAGGCAGAGCCCAGGGUGUACGAGGACAUCCAGGACUAUGAUGCCGCCAAAGCCCUCUUCCAGGAAAUCCUGGAGGAGUACAAUGAGAACAAGACCUGCAUGAACCUGGUUCUGUUUGACGACGCCCUGGAGCACCUGACCCGGGUGCACCGCAUCAUCAGGAUGGACCGUGGCCACGCCCUCCUGGUGGGGGUGGGAGGGUCCGGCAAGCAGUCCCUGACCAAGCUGGCCGCCUUCACCGCUGACUGCGAGGUGUUUGAGAUCGUGCUGAGCAGAGGGUAUGGAGAGGCCACCUUCAGAGAAGACCUGAAGCUCCUGUACCUGAAGCUGGGCAUCGAGAACAAGAAGACCGUGUUCCUCUUCACCGAUGCUCACGUGGCCGAGGAGGGCUUCCUGGAGCUCAUCAACAACAUGCUCACCUCAGGCAUGGUCCCCGCCCUGUUCCCUGACGAAGAGAAGGAGUCCAUCCUCAACCAGCUCCGUGACGAGGCUCUGAAGAUGGGCAGCGGCCCCUCCAAAGAGAGUGUGUGGCAGUUCUUUGUCAACAAGAGUGCCAACAACCUGCACAUCAUCCUGGGCAUGUCCCCUGUGGGCGAGACCCUGCGUACGCGCUGCAGGAACUUCCCAGGGCUGGUGAACAACACUGGGAUUGACUGGUUCCUGCCCUGGCCCCCCCAGGCUCUCCAGGCCGUGGCUCAGUCCUUCCUGGGCGAGAGCCCCAUGAUCCCGGCGCAGCACUCGGCCGCUGUCAUCGGCCACGUGUGCAUGGUGCACGGCUCUGUGGGGCGCUUCAGUACCAUGUUCCUGCAGAAGCUGCGACGCAGCAACUUCGUCACCCCCAAGAACUACCUGGACUUCAUCAGCACCUACGCCGGCCUGCUGCAGGACAAGGACCAGGCCAUCCUGGCUCAGUGCAAGCGUCUGGAGGGAGGCCUGGACAAGCUGGAAGAGGCCAGCGUGCAGCUGGCUGAUCUGAACAUCAAGCUGGCUGAGCAGAAGGAGGUGCUGGCGGAGAAGUCUGCGGCCUGUGAGAUCCUCCUGCAGGAGAUCUCCACCAACACCACCGUGGCCGAGGAGAAGAAGAAGCUGGCUGAGGACAAGGCGAAGGAGAUCGAGGUGCAGAACAAGGUGAUCGCCGUGGAGAAGAAGGACGCAGAGAGCUCUCUGGCCGAGGCUCUGCCUGCGCUGGAGGGAGCCCGCAUCGCCCUGCAGGACCUGGACAAGUCUGACGUCACGGAGAUCAGGUCCUUCGCCAAGCCUCCCAAACAGGUGCAGGUGGUGUGUGAGUGCAUCCUGGUGAUGCGCGGCUACAAGGAGAUCAGUUGGAAGUCCGCCAAGGGCAUGAUGUCCGAGGCCAACUUCCUGCGCUCGCUCAUGGAGAUGGACUGUGACGCCAUCAACCCAAGCCAGACCAAGACGGUCAGAGGCUUCCUCAGGAGUCUCAACACCAGCUUUGAGGAGAUGCAGGCCAUCAGCAAGGCCGGCUCGGGGAUGCUGAAGUUCGUGGAGGCGGUGAUGGGCUACUGUGACGUGGCCAAGGAGAUCAAGCCCAAGAGAGAGAAGGUGGCUCGCCUGGAGAAGAACUUCUUCCAGAGCAAGCGGGAGCUGGAGCGCAUCCAGACCGAGCUGGCCACCAUCCAGAAGGAGCUGGCUGCGCUGAGCGACAAGUACAGCGAUGCCAUGUCGGAGAAACAGCUGCUGCAGGAGGAGGCGGAGCUGAUGGAGCGACGGCUGAUAGCGGCCGACAAACUCAUCUCUGGCCUGGGCUCCGAGAACAAGCGGUGGACGGAGGACCUGGUGGAGCUGAAGGAGCGUCGUGUGCGGCUGCUGGGAGACUGUCUGAUCUCGGCAGCCUUCCUGAGCUACGAGGGGGCGUUCAGCUGGGACUUCAGGAUCCAGAUGGUGUACGAGGUGUGGGAGAAGGACGUGCUGGAGAGAGACAUCCCCUUCAGCCAGCCCUUCAGAGUGGAGAGCCUGCUCACUGACGAGGUGGAGAUCAGCAGGUGGGGGUCAGAGGGUCUUCCUCCAGACGAGCUCUCUGUCCAGAACGGCAUCCUGACCACCAGAGCCAGCCGCUUCCCCAUGUGCAUCGACCCCCAGCAGCAGGCUCUCAACUGGAUCAAAAAGAAGGAGGAGAAGAACAACCUCAAGAUCUCGUCCUUCAACGACCCGGACUUCCUGAAGCAGCUGGAGAUGGCCAUCAAGUACGGCUUCCCCUUCCUGUUCCAGGACGUGGAUGAGUACAUCGACCCCGUCAUCGACAACGUCCUAGAGAAGAACGUGAAGGGCCCUGAGGGCCGGCAGGUGAUCGUGCUGGGGGACAAGGAGGUGGACUACGACCCCAACUUCAAGCUGUACCUCAACACCAAGCUGGCCAACCCCAAAUACUCUCCCUCUGUGUUCGGCAAGGCCAUGGUCAUCAACUACACUGUCACCCUGAAGGGCCUGGAGGAGCAGCUCCUGAGUGUGAUCGUGGGGUUCGAGCGGCGGGAGCUGGAGGAACAGAGAGAGCGUCUGAUCCUGGAGACCAGCGACAACAAGCGCCUGCUGAAGGACCUGGAGGACUCCCUGCUCCGCGAGCUGGCCACCUCCACCGGCAACAUGCUGGACAACACCGAGCUGGUGCACACCCUGGAGGAGACCAAGAGCAAGGCCAGCGAGGUGUUUGAGAAGCUCCGCCUAGCGGAGAAGACGUCAGCAGACAUCGACAAGCUCAGGGACGGCUACCGUCCGGCGGCCAAGCGGGGCGCCAUCUUGUUCUUCGUGCUGGCGGAGAUGGCCCUGGUCAACAGCAUGUACCAGUACUCCCUGGCCUCCUACCUGGAGGUGUUUGACUUCUCCCUGCGCAAGUCACUCCCCGACUCCAUCCUGCCGCGCAGGCUGAAGAGCAUCAUGGACACCCUCACCCACAACGUCUACAACUACGGCUGCACAGGCCUGUUUGAACGACACAAGCUGCUGUUCUCCUUCAACCUGACCAUCAAGAUCGAACAGCCUGAAGGCAGGGCGCCACAGGCUGAGCUGGAGUUCUUCCUCAAAGGAAACCUGUCCCUGGAGAAGAGUAAGAGCAGGAAGCCGUGCUCCUGGCUGGCUGACCAGGGCUGGGAGGACGUGGUCAGACUGGCAGAGCUCUUCCCAGAGCAGUUUGGCUCUCUGCCGGACGACGUGGACAAGAACCCCUCUGAGUGGAAGAACUGGUACGACCUGGACAGCCCAGAACAGGCUCCGUUUCCCUGCAGGUACAAAGACAACCUGACGGUCUUCCAGAAGCUUCUGCUGCUGCGCUGCUUCCGCCUGGACCGGGUGUACCGCUCCGUCAGUGACUACGUUGCCUCCACCAUGGGAGAGAAGUAUGUGCAGCCUCCAGUGAUCAGCUUCGAGGCCAUCUACGAGCAGAGCACCCCCACCUCCCCCAUCGUGUUCAUCCUCAGCCCCGGCUCCGACCCGGCCAGCGACCUCAUGAAGCUGGCCGAGAGGUCCGGCUUCGGGGGCAACCGCCUCAAGUUCCUGGCCAUGGGGCAAGGCCAGGAGAAGGUGGCGCUGCAGCUGCUGGACACGGCGGUGUCGCGGGGCCAGUGGCUGAUGCUGCAGAACUGUCACCUGAUGGUCAGGUGGCUGAAGGACCUGGAGAAGUCCCUGGAGAGGGUGACCAAGCCUCACCCAGACUUCCGCCUGUGGCUCACCACAGACCCCAUCGGAGACUUCCCCAUCGGAAUCCUGCAGAAGUCCCUCAAGGUGGUGACAGAGCCUCCUAACGGCCUGAAGCUGAACAUGCGGGCCACUUUCUUCAAGAUCCCCCAUGAGAGCCUGAUGACGUGCCCCCACCCGGCCUUCCGCAGCCUGGUGUACGUGCUGGCCUUCUUCCACGCUGUGGUGCAGGAGAGGCGCAAGUACGGCAAGAUCGGCUGGAACGUGCCCUACGACUUCAACGAGUCCGACUUCCUGGUGUGCAUGGAGAUUCUGGACACCUACCUGUCCAAGGCCCACAGCCAGGGCGACGCCCGGAUCCCCUGGGGCAGCCUCAAGUACCUGAUAGGAGAGGUGAUGUACGGGGGCCGCGCCAUAGACAGCUACGACCGCAGGAUCCUGAGCGUCUACAUGGACGAGUAUCUGGGAGACUUCAUCUUCGACACCUUCCAGCCCUUCCACUUCUUUCACAACCAGGAAGUGGACUACAAGAUCCCUGCAGACGGCCCCAAAGAGAUCUACGUUGGGGAGAUCGAGGCCCUGCCCCUGGCCAACACCCCGGAGGUGUUCGGUCUGCACCCCAACGCUGAGAUAGGAUACUACACACAGGCCGCCCGCGACAUGUGGACCCACCUGAUAGACCUGCAGCCUCAGACUGGGGAGUCCGGCGGAGGCAUCAGCCGUGACGAGUACAUCAGCCAGGUGGCCCGGGACAUCCAGAGCAAGCUGCCCGCGCCCUUCGACCUGGACGUGAUCCGCAAGCGCCUGGGCCUGGAGGUGUCGCCCACCUCGGUGGUGCUGCUGCAGGAGCUGGAGCGCUGGAACAGGCUGGUGCUGCGCAUGGGCCGCUCCCUGGCAGAGCUGCAGAGGGCACUGGCGGGCGAGGUGGGCAUGAGCAGCGAGCUGGACGAGGUGGCGCGGGCGCUCUUCAACGGCCUGCUGCCCUCUAUCUGGAGGAAGCUGGCUCCCGACACGCUCAAGUCCCUGGGGAACUGGAUGAUCCACUUCCGGAGACGCCACGAGCAGUACAGCGCCUGGGUGGAGGAAGGCGAGCCAAAGGUCAUGUGGCUGUCAGGACUCCAGAUCCCAGAAUCCUACCUGACAGCGCUGGUGCAGGCCACCUGCAGGAGGAACGCCUGGCCUCUGGAUCGCUCCACCCUCUACACCCAGGUCACCCAGCACUGCACCGAGCAGGAGGUCAACGAGAGGCCCGGCCAGGGAUGCUUUGUGUCGGGGAUGUACCUGGAGGGUGCUGACUGGGAUGUGGAGCAGGGCUGUUUGGUGAGGAGCAAGCCCAAAGUCCUGCUGGUGCCGCUGCCCAUCCUCAAGGUCAUCCCCAUAGAGGCCCACCGCCUCAAGCUGCAGAACACCCUGAAGACCCCGGUGUACACCACGUCCAUGAGAAGGAACGCCAUGGGCGUGGGCCUGGUGUGCGAGGCCGACCUGUUCACCACCAAGCACAUCUCCCACUGGGUGCUCCAGGGAGUCUGUCUCAGCCUCAACUCAGACUGAAGGGGGCGCUGCCUGCUUCCAGACCCAGCUGCCGCCGCAGGACUGCCACUGCGGCCCUGCUUCCUGAAGUGAAAAGUCAAUUUAGAAAAUGUGGCUUUUAAGAAACAGUUGUUGAUUUGCAAGGCUGUGUAUCAUUUUCACUACAA